UACGCUAUAGCUGUUUCUUAUACCUUGAAAGAUAUAUAUGAAUGUUUAAUUUGGUAAAAACAUCAAAAAUAUCUGGUUCCGUAAAAUCACACAAAUGUUCUAAUUCCGAACGUAACCAUGCGAAUUUGGAUCAAUGUUCUAGUGACAACUUUACUAAUAACAGUGGUGGUCUGUAUUUCAGACUCAUCAGUAUUAGUUAAAGAACUAUCAUGUACAUUCGAAAAUGACAGUUUCUGUGGAUGGGAACCUGUUUCAACCUCUAACACUUCAAACACAUGGAAGAUUUUAAACAACGUCACAGACGACCUUGGGAGAAACCUACUUGAAAUAUUCUCAGGAUUUCCAUUUAUUGUUGCUCACGUGGAAAAGAACGAAUCGUUUAAAAAUGAAUCUUGGCCAACGAAACAAAUUCAGCUGGAAAGUCCUUUAUUUAAAACAACCAUGAUGCCUGUGAUAGUCCGUUUCGAAUAUAUAACAGUAGAUGGCGCCACACUAUCACUUGUCGUUGUUGGACAAACUAAUGAAAUUACCCUUUGGACUUCAGAUAUGGACGAAAUAGAACAAAGACAAAACGGAACUCAAAAUAUUUGGAAAACUGGUAUAAUACAAGACCUUUGCUCACACAUCUUUCCUGGGGAGUCCAUUAAGCUAAUUUUUGUGGCAAAUCUAACAAGUACCAACUCCAUGACGGCUAUUGCUAACAUCAUGCCCUCAUUGAACCCUGAUCUGGCAGCCCGCUGUCCAUUCCGACUACCAGGUAAAAGUAAAGAAGACUCCGAAAAGUCUCUUCCAAAAUACAAGUCUAUCAUUGUGGUGUGUAUUUUAUUAAUAUCAUCAGUAACUUGUCUAGCCAUGGCGGUCAUUUCUCAUCGGAAGAAGACAAGCAGGAAGGUUCAGCAGGAGCAGAAACCGAAACAAGAACUCGAAACCUUUGACUAUGCCAAGCUGGAAAAUUUCGAAAUCGGUUAAGCUAAGGCAUACAGGGAUGUCGUCCAUCGAAUUCGUGAUUCCAGAUAUCUGUUAUCAAAAUCAUUGUUUGUUGCACUCUCUAAAAGAGGUUUUGACUUCACGUAUUUGUAUCUACAUUAAAGAAAUGACGAAACACCCAGUAAUUCUCGAACUUCCAAGACAAGAGUUUCUCUCGGUAGUUAUGCGAACUAAGGGGCGAUCUAAAAUCGGAUAAUUUGAUCGGGACUUUCCAAAUAUUAAAGACAGUAAAAUCAGGUUGUAGUCCAGUUAUUCUAAUAUUGCUCUGCUUUUUCUUUUUUUGUGUGUGUUCGGAUCAAAUUGACAAACUUUUGAAUAAUAAAUUAAAAAACGCAAUAAAGACACCAUGUAUUCAUGAACAUUGAAAGUUCAAUUUUUUAUCGGUCCAUCUGCAUUGUAGCUCUUUAAUUACAAAAUAGAAAUAUGUAUAUAAUUUAUAUAAUGAUAAAGGUUUUACAUAUCCCAGUCAUAUAAGAGGCUUAAUAGCUCACAUAUAUACAUGAAUUAGGUAUAAUUUCAAUGCACGAAAAACGUGAAAUUUAAAUAUUUCUGGUUGUUAAAUAACUCGCAAGUGAAAUGAUAAAAUAUACAAUAAAUUAUAGACAAAAUACUAAAAAUUCAUCACGACAAAGAUUCAUUCAUGAUUUUGUUAUGUGUUCUAUUCAUAUAAAAUUAUUUUUGUGCUUACUCUUUUAAUGGUUUUAAAGACAAUUCUGUCAUAUCAUGAAGAACACGAAGACGAUCAUAAUGACACUCACAUUUAUUGCAGUAUCAAAAAUACUAAGUUAAAAUAAUGAUCGAAGCCAUUUUUUUUUUAAACUUGAUAUUUUAUAUUCUGAACUCGAUAUUAUUAUGUAUUGUUUGGAUUUUCUCAUUACGAAUAUUGAACAAUCUGGACUGGAUAUUAUUGUGUAUUGUUUGGAUUUCCUUAUUACGAAUAUUAAACAAUAAAGAACUAUUUUCAUUGUCGA